AUUAGGCAUCUACUCUGCCACAUAUUAGGCAUUUCGCUGAGGUUUUUUAUCAAUCUAUUUCUUGUUGAAGAUUAUGGAUUUCUAUCAAAUAACCACAUUUUACGCGGUCCUCACAUGUGCAUGGGAUUUACCAUGUUUUCAGUCAUUUACUAUUUUCCUUCCGUCUGCCUCAAAGAGCAGCAAGGUGCCGAAGGGAUUUGAUGUACAAGAGGCAAAAUAUUUCAAAGAUAUCUACUCAUCCUCAUCAUCAUCCUCAUCGAAUGAGCGGCAUUACAAGGGUGGUCUCAAAGAUUCAAUUGAACCACACGACUACAUGCUUUCAAUUUAUAAGACUUUCUCUACAGCCGAAAAAUUGGGGCUAAACGCAAGUUUCUUUAGGUCAUCAAAAGUAGCUAACACUAUAGCAAGUUUUGUGGAUAUCGGACAAGAUGACCUCCCACUCUCCCCUUUGCGAAGACAGCAGUAUCUGUUUGACGUCUCAACCCUUUCAGACAGAGCCGAGGUGCUGGGGGCUGAGCUGAGGAUAUACACCAAAGUGUCUGGGAAUUUCAGGAUGUCGGAAACAGAGCCAGUGGAAAUUCAGCUACUCUCCUGCCGCUCUCAGCAGCUGCUGGAUUCCAGAGCGUUGGAUCUUCAGGAGUCCCAUCGGCCCAGAUGGGAGGUGUUGGAUGUGUGGGAAAUAUUUAAGGACAGGGAUCACCUCACACAGGGGAGCCAGUUCUGUCUGGAGGUCAAGGCCAUGCUGGACAACCCUGAGAGGGAGCUUGACUUGCAUCAUCUGGGCUUUCACCGAAAUGGUCGCUCACAGCAAAAGAAGGCAAUUUUAGUGGUGUUCACCAGGUCCAAGAAGAGACAGACCCUUUUCAGCGAAAGGAGAGAAAGAAGGACAUUGAUGGGCCCUGGGGAAAAGGGGAAAGAGAGGGACCCUCGUUCUAAUUCCAAAGCCAGCCGGAGACGCAGGAUGGUGAUAUUGAAGAAUCGCCACGGGAAGAGGCAUGGCAAAAAGUCAAAAUCGAGAUGCAGCAAGAAGCCGUUGCACGUGAACUUCAGAGAGUUGGGCUGGGACGAUUGGAUCAUCGCUCCUCUGGAUUACGAGGCGUACCACUGUGAGGGCGUGUGUGACUUUCCUCUGAGGUCACAUCUAGAGCCCACAAACCAUGCCAUCAUCCAGACCCUUAUGAAUUCUAUGAACCCCAGCAACAUGCCUCCUAGCUGCUGUGCCCCGUCCAAACUCAGCCCUAUCAGUAUUCUCUACAUCGACUCAGGAAAUAAUGUGGUGUAUAAGCAGUAUGAGGACAUGGUGGUUGAGUCGUGUGGUUGUAGGUAAUGCCUUUUUGGAAAGGCUGUGUGUUGAGUGGGAAUGAAAUGUGAUCCUCAGGGCCUGUCUGGUGUGAAGGCAAUACUUUAAGCUACCAGAUAACUAGGGAUGCGUCCCAAUUGGCACCCUAUUUGCUAUGUAGUGCACUGCUUUUGAUCCAUAGGGCUCUGGUCAAAAGUAGAGCACUAUAUAGGCAAUAAGGUGUCAUUUGGUACGCAGGUGAACAUAGAGCAUUUUCUAAUAUUGUAAAAUGGUGUGGUGGGAUUAAUAAGCACCUGCCCCAAACUAAUUCAUGUUCAUUUCUUCUUCCCUGGUCUGGUUCUUAGUUUAAGCCUGGCAAGUGAGGCUACUUCUUCCCUGAACCCUGUCACAUGUUUUUAUUUACCAAUUAACGGGAGGGACACCUCCAAACGCCCAGCAAAUGACUGAAAAAAAAAAGUAGUCAUAUCAAUGUAAAAACAUCAGUCAAAUAGCAGAAGUCCGUUCAUGGCUCCUUGACUUGGCCUUUGACUCGAGAGGAUGCUUGAGUGCUACUCAGAAGGUAAAGCCUUAUUGAGCUGCAACGUCUGUGUACUUCAAGUGCACGUCCACCAUAAAUGCCCCCAGGCUUAGCCUACUUAGCCAAGGGCUCAGCAUGUGUGCCAAAUGGCACCCUAUUCCCUAUAUAGUGUAGUGCACACAAUAUAUAUGGUUACAUUUGGGACGUAGUCAUGUUGUGGUUAGAAUACAAGGUGAAAAAAUUAUGCCCAUGGGCCUUUUCCUGUAAUGCACUGAUAUUCAUAUUACCAUAUGUAAGUACUUGAUAUGGAAAUUAUAAUUUAUGUUCUAUCAAUAAGUUAUUAUAUUUUUGUUGUUGGAGUUUGCUGUUGGGGUUUAACACCUAUCGUGUUUUGGUCCUGUACAAGAUUGUACUUCAGGUCCCAUAAAUGAACAACAAGUUGGAAGGCUUAACAAAGUCUUCAUAAACCCUGUGUAGAUGCUUCAGAACUUAUUUAUUAAUAAGAACAUUCAUACUAUGAAAAAGCUAACAUACUGUAUGGGGUUUGUAAAGCAUCUAUGAAGAACUUAUAAAUUAUGGCUUCAGAAAGUCUUAAAAGUUGUUGUUUGUUUAAAGAGGGACAAUAUUUCAAAACUUUUAAGAUUGUAUUUUGUAAACCUGAUGGUGUAGAUUAGAACAAGCAAAGAAUGAGGGAGCCUUAACUGUUAAAAUAGGAAAUGAUCACCAGUCAGAAAAAAGACCCCUGUGUUUUUGUAAUGAUAUGCUGCUCCAGAGUUUAUGGAUCUGUUAUAGCCUGUUUUAUAAUAUUUUAGAGUAAUCUUUGUUGGAUUUGUAUUUUAUUUCACUUCUAUUGUAUUUUACUUUCUAUUUUCUACUGGAACUCAAAACCAAUGAAUUUAAUCUUCUUUCACAAUUUUAAAACAAAAGGUACAUUUACACAUUUGUAUUGGUGAUACUGUCCUGACACUGUGCAAAAAAAAUUAAUGAGAUCUAAUUAUUAUUCAAAUACAAUUGUAAGAAAAUACAUACAUUAUGACAAAUUAAUGAUAACAACAAUCAAUGAAAUUAUUUAACCAAAUGAUAUAUUCAUUUUUUUUUUUACAA